UAGAGGAAAGUUUGCUUCAGUCCGCCGCCUCGUUCACAAAACUAGUGGUGUACCGUUCGCAGGAAAAUUCAUCCGGCGCAGGCGCCGCGCUGCAGAUACCAGUAGGGAGAUCGGUCACGAGAUGGCGGUGCUGGACCUGUGUUCUGGAUCGGAACGCGUAGUGCGGCUCGUCGAAGUAUAUGAAACCAGGGCAGAAGUCGCUCUGGUUUUGGAAUUGGCUACUGGAGGUGAGCUGCAGCAUCUUUUAGAUGAAGAGGAGCAUUUGAGUGAAGUGGAUGCUCGUAGGGCUCUGCGACACACUCUUCGGGGUCUUAGAGACCUUCAUGCACACAACAUAGCUCAUUUGGAUUUAAAACCACAGAACUUAUUAGUAUGCAAAGGGGAAGACAGUGGUGACAAUAAAGCAAACACUCUGGGUGAUGUUAAACUGUGUGAUUUUGGAAUAUCUCGACUGAUCCAACCUGGUGUCGAAGUCAGAGAAAUUAUGGGUACUCCUGAUUAUGUCGCUCCCGAAGUGCUCCAAUAUGAACGUCUCUCCUUGGCUACGGAUAUCUGGUCUGUCGGUGUUUUGACUUAUGUCCUUUUAUCAGGUUUCUCACCAUUUGCUGGUGACAGCAAACAGGAAACCUAUCUUAACAUCACACAGAAUGAAUUGGCGUUUCCUCAAGAUCUGUUUCAAGACGUUUCGGAAACUGCCAAAGACUUUGUCAGGAGCUGUCUCGUUUUACACCCGGGAUCAAGGCCUACGGUCGAACAAUGCCUGGAUCAUCCUUGGUUGAUCGAAACUUCGAAUAUAGAGAUCGAAAAACCCUUGGCAAAAUCAACGUCCGAGGAAACUUUACAGAACGAUUCAACCCGAGCGAAGACACCACAAAUAAUAACAAAAGCAUCUGUCUACAUAUCUUUUCCUGAUGCGCCAACUACACCAAAGGUGUCUCGAAAGAGCCAUCUAGCGCUGCACACCUCCAACACCGUUCUGAGCUUGUGCAAAAAGUUCCAACAAGACAACACGGAUGGCGAGGAGGAUAAACAGACUGAAAAUGAUAAAAACGAUGAAGGGAAUGAAGAGAAUAUUAAUUUGGAACUGAAAAUGAGUGAAAGAGCUUCCACAAUUGCUAGCAUAGCUCGUUGCUUUGGCGUUGAAGAAAGUGAAUUAGCUUCUCUUUUGGAUUCUGCCGAUAAUUUUACAUUUUUAUCAUCUAAUAAUAACUUAGAGAAGGACUCUGAUGUUAUUGCAGCAUUUCCAUCUACAGAAGUAUGUAAUGAACCAGAUGAGGUGAAAAUAUUUUCUGAGUUACAAGAAAAGUUUACUGAAAUAUGUCCAGAUUAUGCUGACGAAGUAAUGCUGAACACUAGAUCAAAGGCACUUGAAUUUGCAGCAAAAGUAUUUCAUGAAAUUGGAUUUGUCGGCAAAAAUAUGAACAAAUACACUAACCUCUUUAGUUGUAAGUUCUGCUUUCCAAAUGAGGGCGAUAAAGGUGCAAAGCAAGCUAGGUUAUUAGCUUUAUGUACUUUUAACAAGGUUGCUGAGGUUAAGUAUUACGAUAAUAAGACAAUAAUGCUCACACCUCUUGCUCAAGCUUUAUUUUCAAAAGAUGAUAUUCCUAAAAUAGCAUCUGCUUUGAAUGCUAAUGUCACUGAUGUUAUUAAGACAAUAAACUGUAGUGCGCAAGCAGGAGGACAUGUUCUAUUAGAAUUUGAACUGCACUGUUCGAUAGUUUGCUAUUUAGUUUUUACCAAGAAUAUUGAAGAUAAGAAAGUGAAAUUUAAUUUCAUUGAUUCGAUGAUGAAGCAAUAUGUUGCAGCAGAUAAACCAUUCCUGGAAGAUAAGUUUAGGGUGUACUGUGGAUAUGCACUUGAUGUUAUUGCGAUACGUUUAGCUUACGAUUUAACAAAUGAGGUGACAAAAAGGCUGAUGAAGGAUAACUGA